UAAACGCUAGUAAAUUAAUCAUCUUUAGCUUGCUGUUGUUUCCUCUGGAACGAGUGUUAAGCCGGUCUGCUAUCGGUAUUUCUGCUCUUGUUGCUCUUAAGAUCUGUGCUGCUGUACAACUCAGUUCCGUAUUCAAGUGAGUCGGCGUUCUGUGAAUUUGCAGUUCGCCAUUACUCGGCAAGUUUUGAAAAUACUUCGAAGAGAGGACAUCGUGUGGACAAAAAUCUGUUUUGCUGAGUGCAGUAAAAUUGCAGAAAUUGGAAAACGGUGGGUGUGUCCAAGUCUGAUCAGCGCAGCAUUAGAGAGAAAACGCUAUAUGAAUACACCUGGCCUUAGUCUUUAAUCAAUUCGGAGGUUUCUCAGAAUGCACCGUCUUUUCACCGCACUGAACUCAAAUGAAACCGAUUACAAGAUCCCAGAUAUGUCUCCAGGACCGACAACAUCCAGAGCGUACAUGCAUUACUACGAACGACAAAUCAUUGCAUCUUUGUGUAUCAUUUCUGCCGUGGUGGGGGCAGUUGGCAACUGUUUGGUCAUCGCCGCCAUGUUCAAGUCGAAGAAGCUCCGCACGGUGACGAACGUGUUCGUGGCCAACCUCAGUGUCAGCGACCUGCUGGCUUGCCUGUUCCAGCCAUGGGAGGCGGUCGCUGUGUUGGACGAAGGCGAUAAAUGGCUGUCCCAUGCUAACUGGAUUUGUGUCACCAGCAUAGCAGUCCUCUGUCUUAGCUACGGUAGUAGUUUCAACAAUUUAACCCUCAUAGCCCUCAACAGGUGGAUCGGCAUCACUAAGCCAAAAGCUACAGCACGUCGUAUUUACAGCCGACGGAACAUCGCCUGCAUGUUGGUUUUCUCCUGGGCUUUCCCUUUGAGCCUGAUCUUGAUACCCCUCUUGUCCGACUUCGGUGAACUUGGAUACGAACCGUUGUACAGUGUCUGUGGCUUUGUAAGGGCAAAUAACAAUUCAUUGACAUAUAGUUUUGUGUUCAGUAUGUGCUUUUCCCCGAUCCAGUUCGUCAUCCUUGUUUUCUGCUAUGCGUCCAUCUUCUGGUACGUCCGUAAGAAGUCGAAAACUAUGGCUCGACUCGAGAUUGACAGUGUUUCUGGUGGGGUCUGCUCUCUUGAGCGGGAGGUGCGAAGGAAAUUGUGGAAGAGGCGGAUUGCUGUCACCAAGAAUCUCGUCUACAUUGUGUCGGCAUUCAUCAUCUGUCAGUUGCCCUUUGUCAUUGCAAUCAGUCAACAGGCAAGCGAUUGGGCUAUUCGUAUGACCAUGUAUGCGGUAGCUAUUCUAUUCCUUAACAGUAGCAUCAACCCUAUUAUAUACGCCGUUUCCCAUCCGGAUUUCAAAGAAACUUUUAACGACAUGUUUUGCCGCAAAUAGCCUACUUUCAGAAAGCAGUUCUGAGUUAUUCACUUCUUUCGAGUCUCUCCUAGCUGUUGCAAUGAAAUUUUUGCUUUGCUAUGCUAUAAAAGUAUACAUCUUGUAUCGCUUCCGCUUUAAAGUGCAGCAUCACCAAUCUGUAAUAUGACACUAACAGCAUAAAGAAACCAGGAAAUGAAUUUUCUUAGAAUCACUUUUUUUGUGUAUCUCUGUUCUCUUCUUCCAUGUAUGAA